ACCACCCGUCUCCAGGUUUUGCGCUCACUUUGAUUUGCCACAGGGUUUUCCGGAGGGUGCACAGGUGCAUCCCGCCCUGAAUGCUCCCCGUGUACUUGAUUAUUAUGGUCACAACCCCCGCGGUGCCAAGGUGGAGUCGCCGCGCGUUUCUCGGAUCGGUGCGCUUCUCCAGGGGCUGGGAUGCGCACCGGGCACUUCUCGUUUCCUCCCGAAUUUCGGGUCUGAGCAGGAGUCCAGUUCUGGCCCGGGACGCCGGGGCAGGAGGAGCCAGUCCACCCGGAGCAGGAUGCCGGUGAUGAGAGGGCUGCUGGCCCCGCAGAACACCUUCCUGGACACCAUAGCCACCCGCUUCGAUGGCACCCACAGCAACUUUGUUCUGGGAAAUGCCCAGGUGCAGUCGCUCUAUCCCAUUGUCUACUGCUCCGACGGCUUCUGUGAGCUCACGGGCUACGCCCGUGCUGAGCUCAUGCAGAAGAGCUGCGCUUGUCACUUCCUGUACGGCCCGGAAACAAGUGACCGGUCGACCGCCCAGAUCCAAGGAGCCCUGGACGACAGGGGGGAGUUCAAGACCGAGUUGAUCUUCUACAAGAAGGAAGGUACACAGUUCUGGUGUCUGCUGGACAUUGUACCCAUAAAGAAUGAGAAGGGUGAGGUGGUUCUGUUCCUUGUGUCCCACAAAGACAUCAGUGACAAGAAGAGGGAGCAGGACCCUGAGCAGGGGCCCGACACCGAUGAGGAGACGGGAUUGGAGGUGCAUCAGGUAACGCGCCCUCCAGGCUUCAACGCCAACCGGCGCCGAAGCAGAGCGGUGCUCUAUCAGCUGUCUGGACACCUGCAGAAACAAGACAAGAGCAAGCUCAAGAUCAACAAUAACAUGUUCGGCCAGAAGCCUCCGAUCCCAGAGUACAAAGUAGCAGCUAUUCAGAAGUCGCGUUUCAUCCUGCUCCACUACGGCACCUUCAAGGCCGGCUGGGAUUGGUUGAUUCUGCUGGCGACCUUCUACGUGGCGGUCACAGUGCCCUACAACGUCUGCUUCACAGUGGUGGGAGCUCGAGAUGAAGGCAGCAGCACCGCCCCGCGAAGUCCACCCAGCGUCAGCGACAUCCUCGUAGAGAUCCUCUUUAUUUUAGACAUCAUGUUGAACUUUCGAACGACGUUCGUGAGCACGUCGGGUCAGGUGGUGUACGACGCCCGCUCCAUCUGCGUUCACUACGUCACCACGUGGCUCUUCGUCGACCUCAUCGCCGCCCUGCCCUUCGACCUGCUCUACGCUUUCAACGUCAGCGUGUAUUUCGGGGUCCACCUGUUGAAGACGGUUCGGCUGCUUCGUUUACUGCGGCUGCUGCAGAAGCUGGAACGCUACUCCCAGUACAGCGCCGUGGUCCUGACUCUGCUCAUGUCCAUGUUCGCCCUGCUGGCCCACUGGAUGGCCUGUGUUUGGUACUUCAUCGGUCGCAAAGAGAUAGAAAUCCCAGGCUCCUGGGAUAUCGGUUGGCUCCAUGAGCUGGCCAAGCGUCUGGGUACCCCGUACUUCCUGUCGUCCCUGACGACGCAGGUCCCCCCCACCAUCUCAGCCAACGGCAGCCAGUGGAACGUAUCGGGGUCAGAGGUCAGCGGGCGGGAGACCUGGAACUCCAGCCAGGAUUACGGGAACGCGUCGGGCGGCGGAGCUGCGUCUGGGACCGGUGGUCUGGGGGUCCUGGAAGGCGGCCCGUCGAUGCGCAGCAGCUACGUGACCUCGCUCUACUUCGCUCUGAGCAGCCUGACCAGCGUGGGCUUCGGAAACGUGUCGGCCAACACGGACUCGGAGAAGAUCUUUUCCAUCUGCACCAUGCUGGUGGGAGCGCUGAUGCACGCGGUGGUGUUCGGUAACGUGACGGCCAUCAUCCAGAGGAUGUACUCGCGCCGCUCGCUGUACCACACCCGCACCAAGGACCUGAAGGACUUCAUCAGGGUGCACCGCCUGCCCAAAGCCUUGGAGCAGCGCAUGCUGGAGUGCUUUCAAACCACCUGGUCGGUCAACAACGGGAUAGACGUCAGUGAGCUGCUGAAGGACUUCCCGGACGAGCUGCGGGCCGACAUCGCCAUGCACCUGAACAAGGAGCUGCUGCAGCUGCCGCUGUUCGAGUCGGCGAGCAGGGGCUGCCUGCGCUCUCUGUCCCUCAUCAUCAAGACCUCCUUCUGCGCUCCAGGGGAGUUCCUCAUCCGGCAGGGGGACGCCCUGCAGGCCAUCUACUUCGUCUGCUCGGGCUCCAUGGAGGUGCUGAAGGACAACACUGUGCUGGCUAUUCUGGGUAAAGGAGACCUGAUUGGUUCAGACUCUCUUACGAAGGAGCAGGUGAUCAAAACCAACGCCAACGUGAAGGCCCUGACUUACUGCGACCUGCAGUACAUCAGCCUGAAGGGCCUCCGCGAGGUCCUCCGUCUCUACCCCGAGUACGCACAGAAGUUCAUCAGCGAGAUCCAGCACGACCUCACGUACAACCUGCGAGAGGGCCACGGAGCUGAUGUGGACUGGGAGAGCAACGGGGGCCUGGUGAAGAAGCUGCCGUCCAUCCGUGAGGAUGAGGAGGGGGACGAGGAGCAGAGCACCGUGUCCCGAGCUCCCCGCUCCCCGCUGCACCUCAGCCGGGGGCUCAGCUCGCCGCUGCGCUCCCCCCUGCUGCCGCCGCGGCCCUUCCGGGCCCCGGCCGAGCACCUGCGGCCCGCCACCCUGCAGAUCCCCGUGCUCAGCUUCAGCAGCGCUCCAGCUGAGCUCAGCCCCAGAUUCGUGGACGGCAUCGAAACAGAGACUAUUUCUCCCUCUUCACAUAAGUUUGAGUUCAGCCCCAGCAUGUCACCUGCAGCUCCACCUUCCCCAUACCCAGGGAUCCGCGAGCACUCUGAGAUCAAGCAGAGCGUGUCUAAGCUGACGGAGGAGAUGAACAGUCUCUCCAAACAAGUGUCCAGGCUCAGCCAGGAGCUGCAGGACAUGGCUAGCCUGCUAAAGCCCCUCCUCCAGACAGCGUCACAGCCCAUCCUGAUGAGCAUGGCGCCACAUUUGACCGCACCUCAGAGCAGCACCGUCCCACUGUCGUGCAGCACGUGUCUCAUGGCACCCUGUCCCUCCCAGAGACCGGACACUCAUUCCCUGUUGGACAGCAGAGACACGGAGGGUGUGGAUCUGCCAGGAUGCCUUCUCCCAACCACUCAUUCACCAAAAAGGCCUAAUUCACCUGCAUCAGUAUCGGCAAGGCCCCCAGCCAACCCCGCGGGGGGCGACGCCAAGAAGCCAGUUAGCUCCAACCUUGUUGCCCCUGAUGAGGGAUGUGUGGAGGGGUCUCCCAAAAGCCCCCAUUCCUCCUCCACCAAUGGGAUGCUUUUACUGUCACCAGAGGAUCAGCCUCCUCUGGCUUCCCACACCCCGUCCUCAUCUCUCUCCUUCUCCAUGUCCCCCUCCUCUUCCCCAUCCCUCUCCCCCUGCCAGGGUCCCCAUCCGUCCCGCCCCGGCAGCAACCCCAGCAGAGGCCUGACGCCCCUGCUCCGCUCCCAGGACGACCCUCCCACUUCAUCCUCCCGCUGCUCAGCUCCUCCGUCCCUCGCGUCCUCCCCCGGAGAUCACCGACUGAGGCCUUCCCCCUCCACCCCCAGCGUACCCCCCACUGUGCCCCUCCAUCCCUCCACCCUCUCCCUGCCGGUAGCCCUGGACUGCAACUCGCAGCAGCAGCUCAGGGAGACGAGAGCCACCACCGCCGACCCCGAGGAGCUGGAGAUGCAAGAGUGGGGGCGAUGGGCAGAGGAGGGAACAACGUCCUCCAUGGAGCACAUCAGCUUCAUCGACGACGAGGAGCCAGCAAUAUGAACGGAUACAACUGGAGAACGAGAGCGGAGUCGCGGGAGAAGUGAUGGUGGGACAAUCAGGAGCAGACAGCUGGUCCAUCUGACACGAGGAGCAACUUCUCCACGCCGCAUGACGCUGCCGGUUGUCCCUCAGUCGGGAGUGCGUUUCCACACCGGUCACCCCAGGGCAAAACUCCACGUCAAACUCCAGUUAUAUAUAUAUA